AUAUUUUCCAUGCUUGCUGAGAGACUCGAUUGACGUCUGGAAAAUUCUAGCCGCUCGUAGGUGAUUACAGGUGUACAUAUAAGACUGGUGUCAGACUGCUAAGGUUAGACUUUAAUGUGAACAGCGCGAAAAGAGAAGAGAAGUAAGCGAGAUAACAGUAUUUGCUGAAGAUGAAUUGCCUAACGAUAGUCCUUUCAUUCCUUUGCUUAAGUACGGUCUACACAAAUGAGGUUUCGCUCAUGGACGAUUUCGAGCAAGAUUUAUCAUUGGGCUUGCAAAAAGUUGAAAACGUGACUCGUUACUGUUACCGUAGAAGAAACGGAAAUACGAACAGUAAAAUAAAGGCAAGCUCGCAAAUCAGGGAUCGCUUUAUCAAAGUCAUGCAAAGCGAUAUGUUCUCACUUACGUCACAAAUCAAAAUAAAGCAGCUAAGAGGUACAGCACAGUUUGUUUUGUUCGCCGUGCAAAGACGUACGGACCGCAAAAAAUUGUUCGUCUGGUGGAUAAAUGUCUCCCGGAAAUUGGUCGGUAUUUCCUUCAUGGACAACAGCAAACGCAUGAGGAUACUUUAUUUUUCGAAUGUCCCAUUGGAAGCGAAAAGGUGGUUUGAGCUAAAGCUUGAGUUUGAUGGUUUCCUCAAAAGCAAACCGAUUGUUGAGCUCUUCGUAAACGAUACGAAAGUUGGAAGGAAGGUGCUCACGAAUGUUUUUCGUGAUAAAUCCACAAUAAACGUGAAAGACCUGGAAGUUCGUGUCGCCGAGAUGUGGGGGUUAACAGAUAAAUACUCAGCUCCAAAGGUGUGCAUGAAACAACUGAAGAUUUUUACCAGUAUAAUAGAGGUUGCUGGCGGUAUCAGUGACAAAUCUCAUUCCACAGUGAUCGCAAAGGCAGACAUGAACGCACUGGAAGUGCGUUUAACAGAGAGUCUAACUGCUGCUUGCGACAAGUCGAUGGCCAAGUUGAUGGAAAACAUGAAAAUGACGCUGAAAUCCUGUGGACUUUGCGACAAAAGUCAAUUACCGAUCGUCGAACCUGUUCCGAACAUAACGACAACAGAAACAGAUGAACCAUACCCAAAUAAAACCACGAUAGAAGACCAAGUGGACGAAGAACCAUGUCCACCCGGACUCAAUUCCUGUCAUCGUAAAGCAACGUGUGUUCCGAAUGUCCUUGCGGGUGGCAAUCAUUGUGAGUGUAAGCUGGGCUUUGCUGGAAAUGGCUACAGCUGUGCUAAAGACACAGAUUUGGACGGUUUUCCUGACAAAGAUAUUCCAAACUGUAAAGAGAAACAAUGCAGAAAGGAUAAUUGUGUUAGUAAACCAAACAGCGGACAAGAAAACACUGACGAAGAUGAGUUGGGAGACGCAUGCGACGAAGAUGCUGACAACGAUGGUUUAUUGAAUGGAAAGGACAACUGUCCAUUUAACUACAAUCCAAGUCAAAAUGAUGCAGAUGGCGACCGAAUUGGCGAUGCUUGCGAUAACUGCGUCGAUACUCGAAACCGAAAUCAAGUAGACACUGAUAGAGAUGGCAGAGGAGAUGCUUGCGUUGAAGACUUAGACGGAGAUGAAAUCACAGAAAGAGAUAACUGUCCUUUGAUAAAGAACAAAGAUCAAAAGGAUUCAGAUGGCGACGGUCACGGAGACAAAUGUGACAACUGUCCCUUUGAAGCUAAUCCAGGACAGGAAGAUGUUGACCAAGAUCUAGUUGGUGACGUAUGUGAUUCAAAUAUAGAUAGAGACAAAGAUGGCGUUAACGAUGAUGAUGAUAACUGCGUUAAUACAAUCAAUCCUGGACAAUUAGAUACAGAUUUGGAUGGAAUGGGUGAUGAAUGUGAUCCGGAUGACGAUAAUGAUGGAAUAUUAGAUGAUGUAGACAAUUGUAGACUUACGAAGAACGAAGAUCAAGAAGUUGAUCCACUCUCCAGAAAAUACGGUAUUGCUUGUCAGGGCGAUUACGAUGGCGACAAUAUCACGAACAACGAAGACAGUUGUCCGGAAAACAAGAACUAUGGAUCAGUGAGUUUCGUCGACUAUCAGACUAUUAACCUGGACCCGAAAGAAGAAGAACAAAUCGAUCCAGUAUGGAAAGUUUUAGAUCAUGGCAAAGAAAUCUCUCAAAUUGAAAAUAGCGAUCCCGGAAUGGCUAUAGGAAAGCAGUCAUUCCGCGGAGUGGAUUAUUACGGUACCAUAUACGUGGACACGAACGUAGAUAAUGAUUACUUUGGCAUCAUAUUUGGUUAUCAAAGCAGCAGUAAGUUUUAUGCUGUGAUGUGGAAGAAACUUGGUCAGAUCUACUGGGACAAAGAACCUUUUGAAGCCAUUGGCAGAACUGGUUUGUCCAUCAAGGUGGUCAAUUCAAACACGGGACCUGGACCCGAGCUGCGCAAUGCGUUGUGGAACACAGACAGCACUGAAAACCAGGUGCGAACUUUAUGGCAUGAUACAAGAGAGCUUGGUUGGACUGAGAAAACCGCCUAUCAUUGGCAACUAAGAUAUCGUCCGAAUACUGGAUAUAUUAGGCUCAAGAUAUUUGAUGGAAAAAAGAUGGUGAUCGACACAGGAGUUCUUCAUGACAAAACCUACUCUGGGGGUCGUAUUGGAGUGAUGUCAUUUUCACAAGAAAAAGUCAGCUGGUCAAAGAUUUUCUAUCGAUGUAACGAUGGUUCUGUGAAGUAAAACGGCAUUGGACAUUAUGGACACGUCAGGAUUAGCUAUGACCACAGAAUAGACAUCUAACAGAAGGCUCACUCGGCUUAAGUCGGGGCGUAUUUUUUCACUACGCAUGCGUGACUUCCCAGCAAGAUACUUUCACCAAAUCAAUAUGGAAUAGUGUAGCACGAGAAUGCUAUUUUACUAAUAAUUCACAUUUAAAGCAAAAGUUUACCGGAAUUUUUACAAAAUGUUACCAUCUUGCGAAGACGAUAAGGUUCCAAGCUUUUGUAGUGCAAAACGAUAUAUUUAUAAAAACAUCUAUAUUUUCUAUUGCGAUCCAGCGGAAGUAUCUUGCUGGAAGGCAUGUCUGCUUAGAAUUUGCUUCAGAAACGUGGGGGACACGAACAUCAAAGAUUCCGACACGAGUGGACCUUCUGUUAAGAUAUCUCUUCUGUGCUAUAACCUUGAGAAAAUCCCACAAUGCCAUGCAUGUGUAGUUGACAAUACAUAAAUGUUCAUUCGUGCAACGUAAUUUAGAUCACGGAAUUUAAAAUGGAACUAAAAAUGACUACAAAAAAAGCGAAAAAACUAGAAGUGUGUAUAAAUUAAUGAAAAGCUAUGGCAUUGAGGAAUUUUUUUUAGAAUACUCAAAUAGUAAAUCCUUUCUCUCAAAUAAAGCAAAAUUUAACAAAUCAAUUUCAAUAUCAAAGAAUUUUGUUCAGUUGUGUGUGGAUUACCUUUUUCGAAAACGAAAAUCAUUUACCUAUAAAGCCGAACAUUGAUUCGCAAGAAACGUUUAAGGAAAUUUGAAUUCAAUUGACUUAAAGUGCCAGCGGAUCGAAAAUUAUGCUAUUAAAAUUAUAGUUUCUUUUAAAA